AUGACAGGAACAGAGAUGGACCAGCUGGCCAACUAUCUUGGACAUGACAUAAGAAUCCAUCGCGAGUACUAUCGACUCCCUGAGAAGACCCUCCAACUCGCCAAGAUCAGCAAGGUUUUAAUGGCACUUGAGCAAGGAAAAUUAGCUGAGUUUCAUGGCAAGAACCUAGAUGAAAUAUCAAUAGAACCAGAUGAGAAAGUUCUGGACAGUGAUGUGGAAGACCUGAACAUACAAGAGGAAAACUGUUCAAGUGUCCAUGCAGAGGGGAUACUUCCUCCUGCGAAGGGAAAUGAAAGGCUGUCAUCCAAAAGACGCAAUCCACCACCAUCAGAUGAUGAAAUGCCUUCAUCCAGAGAACCAUCAGCAGAUGGGACACUUCCCCCUACCAAGGGAAAUGAAAGGCCAUCGUCAUCUAAAAGACGUAAGCCACCACCAUCAGAUGAUGAGAUGCCUUCAGGACUCUUGGGUAUGAAGCCUUCAUCCAAAGGUACAGCGACCGUGAAGAAAAAAUCGCCCUGGAACAAGAAAGAGGUGCAGGCGGUGGAAAGGCACAUGAACCACUUCAUUACAUCCUGUGUUGUUCCUGCAAAAAGAGACUGUGAGAAAUGUUUACGGGCUGAACCAGAGGUUCUUAAGAACCGAGAAUGGCAGCACAUAAAGUUCUACAUCUAUAACCGGAUAACUGCUUACAAAAAGAAAGUUUUAAGCAAAUAGUGUAAAUGUUAUUUAUUUGAAGGGGUGUGCAUUACACUGACAUGACUAUUAUGACAUGACACCCAUCAUGAACAUGAAGGAGUCAUUUUGAG